AGUCGAAGAUGGCAGAGCCUGAAAGCACAGUCAUAAACACCGAUGUGAAACAGAAAGACCCCAGUGAGGCACUGGUCAUUGCGGUGACCACCAGAGCCAUCUUCAACCUGGAGGAGGAGCAUAAGCUCUACCUGGAGAAGGGCAAGGAGGAGUACACAAGGCACCAGCAGGCCAACCAGGACAAGCCCCUGCCACCAGGCACGGCCUUUGCCUUCAUCCAGGCGGCGCAGUAUGUGAACAAGAAGAUCCUGGAGAGCAACCCGGCAGAGAAGGACCUCUUUGACAUCCUGGUGCUCUCCAACAACAGCCCAGAGAGCGGCGUGCGCAUUGUCAACAGCGCCAAGCACUACGGCCUGGAGAUCUCCAAGUUCUGCUUCGUCAGCGACGAGGACUCCACGCAGUACCUGAAGUCCCACGGGGUGAAGCUCUUCCUCUCGGCUGACAGGAUAGAUGUCUGCAAUGCCCUCCAGAGAGGGGUCUCGGCAGCGCUUGUCUUCCAGCAGGAGGUGCAGGCCCCCAGCACCCCGCUCCGCGUGGUGUUCGACGGGGACGCCGUGCUCUUCUCCAACGAGACGGACCAGGUCUUCCAGGAACAGGGGCUGGAGGGAGCAGUACAGUACGAGCGGGCGAUGGAGGCCGUGCCCAUGGUCCAGGGUCCCCUGAAGGCUUUUGCCAUGCACCUUGGGAAGAUCCGCAAGAAGUUCAGCCAGGAAAAAUCCCCCAUCCGUACCUACCUGGUGACCGCCCGCAGUGGCCGGGACAUGGGCAUCAGAGCCAUCAAGACUCUCCGGGAGUGGGGUUUGGCCAUCGAUGAGGCUUUCUUCAUGGACGGGGCUCCCAAGGGCCCCAUCCUUGCCCAGAUCCAACCCCACAUUUUCUUUGACGAUGGCCUUCAUAACAUCCAGGGGGCUCAAGAUGUGGGCAUACCCUCUGCCUGGGUCCCUUCCUGCUGCUGA